AUGCGCUCGAAAAUAACUCAAAAUUAUAACAAAUAUGAUGAACCAGUGACACUUAGUGCUGGUAGUCCUUGUGUGUCUCCGAUUUCAAAACAAAUCGAUUUCUGUCGAUACUCUACGUCUCUAGCUGCCGCCCACUCCAAUCAGCUGAUGUCUGCCGGUUUCUUCUUGCGUUGCCAGUCACAUGUGCUCUUCUAUUUGUUCCAUUCGUGUUGUGGGAACGUAUCACUUGUGCAUAUUGUCGUGAAAUCUACUAAUUAUUAUUUCAUUCAUCUUUAA